AUGUGUACUCACCAGGCCCCCCAGUUCGUGCUCAUCUCCGUCCUGUGUGUCUUCGUCAUCGUCGGCAACUCGUGCGUGCUGGCUGCCAUCCGGUUCUCUGAGAACGGCCGGAAGUCCCGGAUGAAUUUCUUCAUCAUGCACCUGGCCAUUGCAGAUUUACUGGUUGGCAUAAUGGUGACCUUCGCUGACCUGGUCACCAAGGUCACCGUCGAGUGGUACGCAGGCUACGCCCUGUGUAAGCUGGUGCUGUACGCCCAGACCGUGGUCACCUACUCGUCCACCUACAUGCUGGUCAGUCUGUCCAUUGACCGCUAUGACGCAGUGGCCAGACCCAUGAAUUUCUCAAGGAGUGGUCUUCAGGGUCGCUUCCUAGUGAUCGUAUCAUGGAUUUUGUCGUUAAUUUUCGCCGCUCCAACUUUUUACCUCUACAACGAAACUUUGAUCAAUGGGAAAAAUCAAUGCUGGAUGGAUUUUCCUGAGUUGUGGCAUUGGCAGCUGUUUAUAUCUAUGGCGGCCCUUGUGACGUUCAUCCUUCCCGCCAUCAUCAUCGCCACCUGCUACAUCGCCAUCAUCUACAUCAUCUGGUCCAAGGGCCGGUGCCACGAGCCUCGGUCAUCCAGCCCGUCACGUGACCCGCUCAGGGGAGGUAACGUGACACCCAGCAGAUCACGCGUGAUCAUCAAUGACAGUCGCCAUGACACUGGGCGUGGCAUCAUCCCCCAGGCGAAGAUUCGGACCAUCAAAAUGACGCUCAUAAUUGUUAUAGUUUUCAUCCUGUGCUGGAGCCCGUUCUUCAUCUACAACUUACUGGACAUCUUUAACCUGAUCCCUGAGAACAAUGCCGUGUCCACCCUGGUCCAGUCCGCCGCCCCACUCAACUCUGCGGCCAACCCUAUCAUAUACGGCAUCUUCAGUACCAGGAUCUGCAAGAACUUGAGACAAAGUAACUGCGAGGAGCACUUGAUAACAAUGCGCGAGCCUGGUACGGCCUCAAGGAGAAUUCCAGUUCCCUCCUGCUUACGUCAUGCUGCCUGUAGGUGUAAGGAUAAAGGCUGCAAGAAAAGAAAUUUCAGGGGACGAAACCAACAAUAUUUUUACAGCCAGUCGACGGAUCACACGUUAUCUACCCUUGACGCCAAUCGCCGUAUCACGGAUUUAAAACUGUCUUCGCUAAAAAGGUCGAAUCGCCUCAACCUUGCGCACAACUCUGAACAUUUGCUCGAGCUUCAUCUGAACAAAGACGCAGUGAAUAGGUCGAAGAAGAACUCCAAGGGCGUGAAAAUGUCCUUGUUUAAACUAAAGGGGUGUAACUUCGACAGCAAGCGCGGGCAGGACUGCGAGGUUAUGCCCCUGACGCGUCACGCCGUCGACGGUCGAAAACUGGGCAGCGACGCCAGCGAAGAGUCGUCGCAGUCGAGCGAGAAAGUCGGUCAGAGGCUGAGCGCGGUGCCCAGUUGCUGCCAGGACGUGCAGGAGUAUGACGUCAUUGCCAAACACGAUGACGUCACGGCGCGUUCACCGGGUACCGCCUGCGCAUGCGCGGGUGGUUGCGAUUGUCUAACAGUGACACCAGAAUCUAAGCUUGAUAUUGUGGAUAUUAAUUUAUGCGGCCGCGAUCAAACCAGUUCUGAGGCCGUGAAGGAUAUCGACUUACCUAUGACUCCGCGUGUUCAGAGACCCGCAAUAAACAUCUGGGACAACCCAUGUUCUGACUCCUCUAGCUACGAGUUCUAUCACACUGACGCCGUGUACCAGGACAACGUUAUACCAGAUCACUACUCCACCCCUGAGAGUCAACUGACUCACUCUAACAUAACGAAAGUAGAAAUCGUGAAAUGCCCGGAGAUAAACUUACUGGGAAAUCCCGAUGCGGCGUUUGACGACGCGCAAACGGACUCGUAUCGGAGUGCAGGCGGCAGGCGAAACAGCAGUGAAAGACCUUUGUGUGUGCAGUUCGGGACCUUAGAGAGGUCUUUAGCUCACAGACGACCGUCCGGUGUACCGUCGGUCCGACGGCGACUGACGGAGGACGAGAAUAACAUUCUGAACAACGCCGCCGGGAAGUGGUUACUCAAUGACGUCACAGCCAGCGAGUCGAGCGUUGUGUAGCCAGCGGUGAUAA